CUCGCGCAACAGAAGUACGGUUCGUCACGUGACAGAGUGACGAGGCGCAGCGGGAAAGAUGGCUGAAGUGAUCUCAGACAGCGACAGUGAUGGGGAGGUUAGAACGACGAGAAGACCAAACCCCCCUGCCAAACGCAGGAGAGUUAUUGACCCUUCGGCUAUCACAUCUGUACCUAUUUACUCAAAUAAGGUUAACAGCAGCCUACAGCUGAAGCCAGCCGUCUUCAAACAAGUGGACCCCACGGAUGGUGAUGAAGAGGAAGCCAGGCUGUGGUCUCCAUCUCCUCCAAAGACUAAACAGCAGCCAACUGCCAUAACCUUAAGUGACUCAGAGGAUGAGUCAGAACAACCAGAACAAAAGAGCCAAAACCAGAAACAAGACACCUUGCAAUCCCCUUCUCCACCUCCACCUACCUUUAGCCCUGGCAGACGAACUAGACGAGCAGAUAAAAAAAUAAGAGAAAUCAACAGGAGGCUGGAGGUAAUCGACUCCCUCCUUUGUCCGUCACCUGAAAGAGAAGAUGAUGACGAUCCUGGAUAUAGUGACUGUUCCUCCUCUGGAAAUGACCUUGAUGAUGAUGACGACAUCAUCAUUGUUUCCAAUGAGGAUAAACAGAAAAGGCGUGCGCCCAGACCUGAGCCCAGAGGUCCUGCCCGGGAAAUUUCUCUGAAAUUCCGCUGGAGAACAGACGUGCAUAGAAUUCCACUUCUUUCGACAGCUCCCCUGAGCCAAGCUGUGGAUCAGUUAUCUGCCAAACUUAAAGUCCCACCAUCUCAAAUCUUGUUAUUGAAACAAGAGACUGAGCUCCCCACACAAUCCACAGUUGCUGAGUUAGGUCUUGGCAUUGCUGACAUCAUAGACUGUGUUGUAGUAACAGAGGACAAAGAAGAAGAAAACAGUAGCCGUGAUUUAAUUACUGUGCGACUGCAGGGCAAAGAGAAAGGAUCUGCGCAAGAAUAUUCCUUACACAAGGAUGAUCCUCUAGGUUCAAUCCUCACACAAUAUACAUCAGGUCUGUCUGCUGCUGCCAAGCGUAAGGUCAAAUUCCUUUUCGAUGGGUCAAAGGUGACUCCUAAUCAAACUCCUUCACAGCUGGACAUGGAAAAUGGUGAUGUUAUUGAAGUCUGGAACUAAUGAUCAAUAACAAUGUCAGACCUUUUCUCUACAAAUAAUGUUUUACAUAGAAUGUUUUUAAUGAAAUAAAAUGUACAUAAAUAUUGUUUCCACUGUAAAGUUUGAAUUAUUUUUGAUGUAUUUUUAAAUGAAAAAAAAAAUCCAAAUUUGUUUUCCAAAUAAAGCACUUACUGCUCUGUUAAA